GUCAGUCGUGACUGUCUACAUUACUGCUGUCUUUUGCUAGAAAAAAAAAUCGAGUAACAGCUGAAGAAUGCUGUCGAAAGCAUACUGCUUCAUUAACAUUAUUCUGGUGAUUCUUGGUGUAUGUGGCGGUUAUCCAGGACAAAAAUCAAAACUGAAAGACCACAAGAACUGGAAACUUCUCCCUGACCAGUCCUCAUGUGGUAAAUCAAACUCAUACGAGCGUAUAGUUGGAGGAAGCGCUGCCAAACUGGGCCAAUACCCUUGGAUGGCCAACUUAAUACGUAAGACGAAGGGCAUAUUGACCUUCUCUGCGGUGGUUCUCUAAUCAAUGAGAACCAUGUGCUAACUGCAGCACAUUGUAUUGUAUCGGGCUUGUAAGUAACUGUUUUGUAAGCGUGGAUAGGUACGAGUACAUGCCAUUGAAAAAUUAAAUAUACAUACAAAAAGCAAGAGAAAAAUAG